UUUUUUAAUCGAUCACGUCCGGGGGGGGGAAGAAAAAAAACGAACCAUCUGAUGCGAAUUGGCCGAUUGUCCUUCCUCGUUUAGUGUCACCGAACGGUCGAGACCCCGUCCAGAAUACGCCCCAGAUUGGCGCUCGAGCUGGGCCCGGCCCUGACAACGAGACGAGCGCAGCUUAACUUGGGCCCGUUGCAGAACGCCUCCGUCCCGUCUCAUUCAUGGCUGCUCCCUAGCAAAUCUUGUCGUUGGCCUCGCCCCCGCGCCGUCUCUCAAAAUUAAUUCUCCCACCCUCACUCCGCCCUUCCGCCUGUCCGUGUCGCGUGCAGCUCAUGGGCCUUCCUUCGUCUGUGCCACCUGCUCCGGCGACAUGACGCCCCCAAACCUUCUGGAUACCCCGACUCCCGUACCUACGAUUCCGCAGCCCUCGCCUGCUCCGGAUUUCGUACCGCUGCCGAGCCAAGCUGUGCACGAGAGCUGCCAGCCCGUCCCCGGCCCGAUUGACCGGCAUGGCCCUUGGGGUGGCGAGCCCCUCCACCUCACUAGCAAUGGCAUCUUCCGGGACCUGCCGACGGUGACGCCCAUCAAGGGGAGGCGUUCUGCUUCCGCUAGCCCUCUGAGGUUGACUAUGCCCUUCGUCUCGCCGAGCCAGCUCGCCUUCUCGGCCAUGCAAUUCCUGCCCGUGCCGGUGCUGGUGCUGAACAACCUCAAGACCGUCGUCCUAGCGAACGAGGCCAUGGGGAAGAUGUUGGGCUUGGUAGGCGACUCGCCUCAGCCCAUGGACGACGUGUCUGCGAUAUGCGAGAGCUUACGGGGCCAGACCCUCUCUCAGAUCGGCGUGGACAUGCUUCAGGACGGGAGGCUGGUCUGGGUUUCUUGGGAGUCCUUCCUGGAUGGACUGGUCGUCGAGAUGGGCGCGAAGCAGGCUAUCACCACCGCUGCGGCAGCACGCCGAGAUGUUGCUGACGGCGGCCCCGCGCUCUCAAGAAACGGCAACGGCGCCGGCGCCGAGUCCAGUCUCGACGUCUCGGGAAGGCCAGCGUCGGAUUCUGCUGUCGAUGUUGUGGUCCUGCCUAAGAAUUUCAACAUGGCCGAGAUCCCCAAGUCGAGGCGGUCCGACUACCAGAUCUACGCCAAGAUGAUCAUCACGAUAUGGGAAAUCGAAGACCACCAGACCUACUUCACCUUGACCUUCACCAACGCCGAGUCUUGCUCGUCGCCGGUUCCUCGGACGCACGUCCGCGUCGCCCGUCCUUCUUCGCUCGAGGCCGCCGAGCGCAAGUUUAUAUCGAACUCGAACUCGCCGUCGCUCAGCUCCGGUCAUAGCUCGAACUCGCCAUCUAUGAACUACAGCCCCAGCACCGUAUCCGUCUCGGCAAGCUCGUUUCCGCCUUCGGGCCCCCCGUCGCGCCUGCCUCCGUCCAGCACCCCGUCAUUCCUGCAAAAGAUGACGGUCAUCAAGGACGCGCUCCUGGACAAGACGGAAACACCGAUAUUGUCCAUGUGGAAAGACGCCAGCGCCAUGGUCCUAAACCGAGCCGCGCGAGACCUCUUCAUGAACACCACCGGCGCCGAAUGUAUAGACGAACAUGAGUUCCUCUCGCGGUGGGAAGUCUAUACCGGCGAUUUCUCGAGAAGAUACCAGGCGUCCGAGCUCCCCAUCUCCGUACUCCUCAGAGAGCAGAAGCCCUUUUCCGGUUGGAAAGUUGGCGUGCGGGACCUCAAGAAGGGGGUCGAUCUCGUAUACGAUGUGCUCGGCGAAGUGGUCACCGAUGACGAGUCUGGCGAAGUCAUCGCGGGGAUCAUCACCUGUCGGGAUGUAACCCGCCUCACCCAGGAGAUUGUCAAUAUCAGGCUGGCGGAUGACGAGAGGUUCAAACUGAUCUGCGAUACCAUCCCCCAGGUGGUGUGGACGACGAGACCCGACGGGACGCACGACUUCUUCAAUAAGCGGUGGCGUGACUACACCGGCUUGUCGCUGGAGGAUUCUUUAGGCGGUCUCUGGGUCCACCAAUUCCAUCCGGACGAUAUCCCGGCGUCGUUGAAAAGAUGGGCAUAUAGCGUGGCCACGGGGGAGCCGUAUGCUACCGAGUAUCGAUGUCGUACCAAGGACGGCGAGUGGAGGUGGAUGUUGGGACGCGCAUUACCGCUCAAGGACAAGCAGACGGGUAAGAUCGAGAAAUGGUUCGGGACCUGUACCGACGUCCACGAGGCCCUCGAAGCCAAGAUGGCCGCGAAGCAAACCAGAGAGCAGCUUCUCAGCGUGUUAACGCACGCGCAGACCACGAUAUUCUCUGUGGACCACGAUCUUAACGUUAUGAUGCUAGAAGGCGCCAUGACCUGGAACGCGAUGACGGACGAUGCCUCCUGCCUCGAGUCGCGAGAGUACGUCGGGAGGAAGAUCGACGAGGUAUUCACCUGUCUCAACCCGCGGCUGCGGUCGAGCGAGUUUCCAGAAUUCCUCGAGCCUGCGCGACGCAUCCUCGCCGGCAAGAUGCCGACGGAGAGCGUAUACGAGCACAAGCUAGAUGAUCGCUUUUAUCGCACUAGGUUUAUGCCCCUCAUCGAGAAGGUUCCGCGGAGCGGACAUUCUAGCGAGCCGCAGAUCAAGGGUGCCGUCGGCGUCAUCAUGGACGUGACUGAGCUGAAGAAGCGGGAGCAAGAUCUUCAAGAGCAGGUCCGGGAAAAGAGGCAGCUCCAGGCUAACGAGGCUGCGGCUAAGGAAGCAAGCCGCCUAAAGAGUCAAUUUCUGGCCAAUAUGUCCCAUGAAAUCAGAACUCCGAUUACGGGGGUGAUAGGAAUGGCCGAACUGCUUCUAGACUCGCCCUUGGACGACGAACAGCGCGAGUACGCCGAGAACCUAAGUCGGUCUGCAAAUGCGCUAUUGACCGUUAUCAACGACAUUUUGGACUUUUCAAAGGUCGAAUCCGGCCGACUAGAUAUAGAAGAGGUUCAGUUCUCCCUGUCGGUAGUAGUGCAGGACGUCACCAAGAUGCUGAGCUUCGCAGCUGGGAGGAAGAGCCUGGACUUCCGUUCGGAUAUUUCAGCCGACAUCGAAAAUGACCUCGUGGUCCUCGGCGAUCCGGGCCGAGUGCGACAGAUCAUUACGAAUCUCCUCACCAACAGUAUCAAGUUCACCAAUAUCGGCUAUGUCAAGUUUUCGGUGUGGAAAGAGAAGGAGACAAACGACAUUAUAGAGAUUAGGUUCGUUAUCGAGGACACCGGCAUCGGGAUCGAAGAGGACGUCUUGAAGCGUUUAUUCCAGCCGUUCAGCCAAGGAGAUGCGUCGACGGCGCGGAAGUUCGGAGGCACGGGACUAGGAUUAACGAUAUCGAAGAACCUCCUCGACUUGAUGCGCGGGAGAAUCUCGCUCGAGUCCACGGUCGGCAGCGGGACGACGGCGACGUUCUGGAUACCGUUUAACAAGCCCCAAACCCCGCACAGAGGUAGCAUCGUCGAGAUAGGCCACCUUCCCGAUCGAUUGCAAUCCGAGAUGAGCGUAUCUUGCAACAGCUCCGAGCACGAGCAUUACGUGGGCACGCCGCCGGCGGAUAAGCUACACGCGCCGCGAGACAAGACGAUACGGAACCGGCGGAGGAGAUCUCCGCACCCGCGAGCUUUCUCCGAGCUCGAGGACCUGCCCAUGACGGAACGCGCCAAGGUUCAGGUUCUCGUCGUCGAGGAUAAUGCUGUCAACCAACAAAUCGCGACUAGGACCAUCAAGAAACUUGGGUUCAACGUCUCGGCCGCGUGGAACGGAAAAGAAGCGCUCGAGUAUCUCGAGGGGUGCAGGGAGGGCAAAUUGACAAAGCCAGACAUUAUUCUUAUGGACGUGCAGAUGCCCGUGAUUGAUGGAUACAGGUGCACGCACAUCUUGCGGCACCACGUGCCGUAUAAAGCCUAUGCAAACGACGUACCCAUUGUAGCUAUGACGGCGUCGGCUAUCCAGGGAGACAGGGAAAAGUGCACGAGGGCGGGUAUGGACGACUACCUAUCCAAGCCCGUCAAGAGCAACACGCUGGAGAAGAUGCUGGUGAGAUGGAGUAGAUCGCGCCGGAAGGUGGAUUCGACGCCGCCGUCGGCCGACCAGUCGGUCUCGGACUGCUCCGAGGCGGCGGAUCACUGCAACGGCGUGGGCAUACUCACGCUAGGCAGCGCAGUAAACCGCCUCCCGAGGACGCCGGAGGAACGUUCAGUGCACAGCGACGCGGGAGAUGACGAGCGCGUGACCCUACUCACGCCGAGGCCGACGUCGACGAGGAAGGGCUCCCACGAGACGAACCCGUUCCUCUUUGGAGUGCCGCAGCCGGCUAGGCAGCUCGACAGCGACGAGCUAGCCAUGCAGUUGAGAGAUGAUAAGCUCAUCGACGCUGCCGACGGCAGCAAGGCAGCCAAGCCCAUGGCGCACGCCUUCCCCGGGGGCGACUCGUUGACGGAGGAGAACGUGCAGAAGCUGGAGCAGGUGGGGAUGAGAAGGCAGUCUUUCAGGAAUUUAUGAAGCCUCUUCCCCCUCCCUACGAAGAUACGGGACCUAGCCGUUUUUUAAGGGGGGGCGG